AAUCUUCACGUCUGUCUUAAACAUGUUUCCUCUGCUUGUGUUAUUCCAGAAUAUGUCGGAAAAUUGUUCAAAACCCAACUUCAGUCUGGCCCAGGCCUCUGACAUGCUGAAGAGCCUGUAUGACCUCACGACCUCUCAGAUCCACACCCUGCCCAGUUAUGAUGACCAGAACUUCUAUGUCUUAUCCACAAAUGGAAAUGAGUAUGUUCUGAAAAUAUCAAACUCUGAAGACAGCAAAAACCCCACUCUUAUUGAAGUCCAAACCUUUGCCAUGUCUUUCCUGCUUGAGAAUGGGAUUCCAACUCAAAAGGGGAUACCUACCACAACAGGGCAACUUAUGAGUUUACGCGAACUAGAUUGUGGCUAUGGUCGUCAGAAGUAUCUUGUACGACUGUUGAGUUAUUUACCUGGAAAAAACAUAUCCAAGGUUCCUCUCACUCCACAGUUAUUGUAUGAAACUGGCAAGAUGGCUGCUAAAGUCGACAAAGUUUUACAAAAUAUGAAACACCCCAGUGUCAGUGUACUUGACAGAGAUAACUUUGUCUGGAAACUGUCAAACCUUCCUGCAUUAGAAAAGGUCUUAUACGUAUUGGAUGGAGACCGCCUUCAAGAAGUGAUGAAGUCUGUGAUUGAACUGUUCAAAUCAUCUGUGGCGCCUCAAUAUCCCUAUUUCAGAAAAUGCAUAAAUCAAGGAGACUUCAAUGACCUCAAUUUGCUUGUCCAACCUGAUACCAACGGCUGCUACAAGAUUUGUGGCAUCAUAGACUUUGGAGACAUGAACAGCGGAUUUUACGUACAUGAACUGGCCAUUGCGAUAAUGCAUAUGAUGGUAAUACAUCCUAACCCCAUAGAUGUGGGAGGAGCAGUGCUGGCGGGAUGGGAGAGUGAACUUCCCCUGAAUGAGGCUGAGAGGGAUUGUCUGUAUGUGCUGGUGCUGGCCCGCUUCUGUCAGGUUGUAUGUUAUGUUUGUCAUUCUCUUCUCACGCAGCCGGAGAAUGAGUAUCUGAUCAUGUGGUCCAAGAAGGUGAGCCAUAUUUUCUGGGACUUCUCCAAGCUGAACAAAGAGCAUGUGGAGAAGAUUUGGUUUCAUGGUGCUAAGAUAUAACAAUAGAACCCAUUGUGAGGCCCCCUUGAUUCGAUACUUCUAAUUUGAAAAUCUAAAUAUUUUGA